GUAGUUCCCGAACUUAAUUAACGUGUUUCGGUUAUUUAUCCACCUCAGACAGCGUUGCAUACAAUAGCGUACAGAACUAUUAUUUUUCCAGCUUGACGACUGUUUAAGCUAGUUGGGUAGCUUUCCAUAUUUCUUAGUAAAGGAAGUAGCUGCGGUCGAAUAUUUCCAACCCUUGUCCACGUGACAUUUUUGAAGCUUCCGCUCUGAAGCGCUGCGUGUCUUCCGCAAGUAUCUGAACGUCUACAGCGGUACGUGAAAAAAGAUUUAUACAAGAAAUCAAAAUGAGUUGGCAAACAUACGUUGAUACACACCUUAUUGGAACAGAAAAAAUCGCUAAAGCUUCUAUUCUAGGACAUGACGGUUCAACAUGGGCUACAAGCAAAGAUUUUGUGAUAACUCCAGAAGAAGGAAAAGCACUUGCAAAAGGAAUUACAGCACAAGAUUGCUUUUACUCAACUGGUGUCCAUCUAGCGGGAACUAAAUAUACUUACUUGAGGGGCGUAAAGGAUGAAAAUGUAUAUGCGAAAAAGGGAGACUCUGGAGUCUGCGUUGUAAAAACAAAACAAGCUAUUAUUGUUGGUAUCUAUGUGGAGGGAACUCAACCGGGUCAAGCAACUGUAGUUGUUGAAAAAGUGGGCGACUACCUUAAGAAUGCGGGUUACUAAACUUGUCAUACGCAGCUGUUCUUUUUUUCUUUUCUUUUUUGAAACUGCAAAGUCAGAUAAUAUUAAUAUUGGUCAGUCUGGCUGUGAUAUAUUAGAUUCAUUUUUCACCACUUGUAUAUGUACACAUGGACAAAUUUGAGAGUUUGAUAAUCAAAACUGGAUAAGCUUUGUCAUUUUUAUGUAUUGUGUACUUGAGUUAGCCAUUCUGUACCCAAGUGGGAGGGGAAAACUGGGGAGGGAAUUGGGGUAAGGGAGUACGGAUGAAAUUUGUUUUUUUGCAACAAGUUAAGAAUAAUUGAUAACAAAAAGAAUAAGUUGUAGAUUUGCUGUUUUACAUAAUUGUUGAUGGGUGUUUUUGCAUUGUCAUGGUUGCUUGGGUGCGACGUCCUUAGGUGAUGUGUAUUGAGAAGCUUUCUGAUCACUGAAAUAUGUAAAAUACUACAUCCACCAUAAUUUGACAAUUGUGUAUUCAAGCUUCCUCGUGAGGGGCCAAAUUCAAAUAUUUGUUACAAGCACGCCAUUGGCAUCGCUCAAAUCCAGGCAAUCAUUACAAAUCAGAAAUGUAAUAAGAGGAUGAAAUUUCAACUACAUCAAGAAUUAUGCAUUUGGAUGAGAUCGCCAACAUUUUUUUUUGUAUCUAGCUUCAUAGAGUAACUUUUUCUGUUACAGAAAUAGGGCAGCUUUGCCGUAGAGUUUUGUGCCUUUGUAUCGUCGCUAAAUUUCUAUGGUAUUACCACAAAGAUAGUUUUAAAAAAAAGUGAAGAAAAACAUUGAAUAUACAUACAUGCAUCGUAUAAUUUGUCGUCAAAGUUAAAUUCCUGUCCAUAUUCUUUUUACAACGCUGCAUGAUGUUACGUUCCAACCUACCAAUCCAAUCUACCUGCAUCACAUGAAUUAGUGAUGCUCACCGCCACAUUGCUGGCAAGUGACAUCCACGUUAUGUGCCAGGCUUGUAGAUGAAAUGUCAGUUCUGGAUAUUGUACAUUAUCUAAUGAACAUGUAUGCAAUAAUAACAAC